CUCCUUUUUAUUUUUUUUCCCUCCCGCUUUUCCUCGAGGGUUUUAUUUUUCCUGCCCUCUGGGGCAUGGAGGGAAAUGCUGAAUCAAUUUCUAGUGCAAGCAAAGAGCCAUUAGAUUUCGAGAAGUGAUUCCAACAUGACACAAUCCCGGCUAAUCAGCGUGAGGGCCAUAAAGGGAUUUCUAACUUGAUUCCGUUUGACAGUCAGCCUGCUAAUUUUGACUCAUUUGCCAAUUGGCUGUCGUGCAUUGAAAGGAUGCUUGGUUUAGAGCUCGUGCUGUGCUCCUGGUCCAAGUCCUCGGAGCGUAAUUGACAGCUUUCUGCUGAUUUCAGUGAGCUCUGGAUCUAUCGUUAGAGAAGUAUCCUGCUUUGCAUGGAGUACUCAUUAUUCUCCACACGUCAUCUGAGAGGAGAAAAAGCGUCCUUCGCUAUAACUGGGGCACAAAGAAAGUCUAGGUUUGUGCGGCAAUAAAAGGCCAGUCAUUUCCCAGUUCCCUUUGGAAUCUCACAGAAAUGCUGAACAUCCUUGCCUGUUUAAAGUGGGCAAAUGAAGGCAGGAUUUAAAAUCGAAGACUAGGAAUGGAGCAGGGGUUAAGCGUGAAUGCGAUGAGGAUGAGGACAGUUUCCAAAACCAGCUGGGGGCAUUGAAAUAUGUCAGUGUUUUAAAAUUCGUAUUUCUAUUUCAGGAUCUGUUGCAAAAUGUGAAAAUGAAGGGGAAAUUCUGCAGAUACCAUUUAUCACAGACAACCCUUGUAUAAUGUGUGUUUGCCUGAACAGAAGGAAAUAAAUGUGAGCCAAGAAGUGCAACCAAGUGUUGGAAACCUGAGAAAAGUUUGGAGACGGGAGCUCAGGAAACUAGAAAUCAGAGCUUUGCUUGGCAAUAAGGAAGUGACUUGCAAGAGAGAGAAGUGUCCGAUGCUCUCCAAGGACUGUGCUCUUGUAAUUAAGCAGAGAGGAGCUUGCUGUGAGCGUUGCAAAGAUUGCAAUUUCGGAGGAAGUACAUACAACAGCUCUAUGAAAUGGCAACAUCCUAGCAAUCCCUGUGUUACAUACCAGUGCCAGGAAGGAGUGAUAGUAGAGUCAGAGGUACAAUGUGUUGUUCAUUGCAAAAACCCUACCAAACUCAUGGGAAUGUGUUGUCCUGUGUGUCCAGGUUGUAUAUUUGAAGGGAGACAUUACAAUGAAGGAGAAGAAUUUAGGCCUGAAGGAAAUAAAUGUACCAAGUGCUCUUGUAUUGGUGGCAGAACACAGUGCAUCCAAGAAGUCUGUCCCAUUCUCUCAUGUCCCCAGCACCUCAGCCACAUUCCUGCUGGACAGUGUUGCCCCAAAUGCUUAGGACAGAGGAAAGUGUUUGACCUCCCAUUUGGAAGCUGCCUCUUUCACAGCAACGUGCACGAUAAUGGGUCCUCGUUUAUUUAUGACAACUGCACAACGUGUACAUGCAAGGAUUCAACAGUGGUAUGUAAGAAGAGGUGCUUUCUUCCUGGUGAAUGCAAUAAAAACAAAGACCACUGCUGCAAGGAGUGUGUCUCAUAUAUCCCUGCUGAGGAAGUGAAAGUGUGCAAAUUUGGCAAUAAGAUGUUCCAGGAUGGAGAGAUGUGGUCUUCUGUGAACUGCACCAUCUGUGCUUGUGUGAAAGGCAAGACAGAGUGUCGCAAGAAACAGUGCAUUCCAGUCAGCAGCUGUCCUCAUGGUAAAAUCCUGAACAGAAAAGGAUGCUGUCCUAUUUGCACUGAAAAGCCUGGAGUUUGCACUGUGUUUGGAGACCCUCACUACAACACUUUUGAUGGACGGACAUUUAACUUUCAGGGAACAUGUCAGUACGUUUUGACGAAAGACUGCUCCUCCUCUGCCUCGCCCUUCCAGGUGCUGGUAAAAAACGAUGCCCGUCGGACCCGUUCUUUCUCCUGGACAAAGUCAGUGGACCUUGUGUUGGGCAGAAGCACUAUCAGCCUCCAGCAGCACCUCACAGUGAAGUGGAAUGGGACCCGCAUCUCACUACCUUGCGAGACACCACAAUUUCAGAUCGAUUUGGAUGGUUAUUUGCUGAAAGUGACAACCAAAGCAGGCUUGGAAAUCUCGUGGGAUGGCGACAGUUUUGUGGAAGUCAUGGCUGCGCCGCAUCUGAAGGGCAAACUCUGCGGUCUGUGUGGCAAUUACAAUGGGCACAAGCGAGAUGACCUGAUUGGGGGAGAUGGGAAUUUUAAGUUUGACGUGGAUGACUUUGCUGAAUCCUGGCGUGUGGAGUCCAAUGAGUUCUGCAGCCGCCCGCAGAGAAAACCGGUACCCGAGCUCUGUCAUGGGACAGUCAGGGUGAAACUCCGAGCUCACCGGGAAUGCCAGAAGCUCAAAGGGUGGGAGUUCCAGAGCUGCCAUUCAACGGUGGAUUAUACCACAUUUUAUCGGUCCUGUGUGACAGACAUGUGCGAGUGCCCGGUCCAUAAAAACUGCUACUGCGAGUCAUUCCUGGCGUACGCCCGAGCCUGUCAGAGGGAAGGGCUGAAAGUCCAAUGGGUACCAGAGCAGAACUGUGCAGCAACGCAGUGUAAACACGGUGCAGUGUAUGAUACCUGUGGUCCAGGAUGUGUGAAAACAUGUGACAACUGGAACGAGAUUGGCCCAUGCAACAAGCCCUGCAUUGCAGGGUGCCACUGUCCAGCAAACUUAGUUCUUCACAAAGGAAGAUGCAUCAAGCCAGUCCUGUGCCCACAGCGAUGACAUUAGUUCUCUUUCCGCGGACACUAAUGUGGGUGUCGCUGACCCCUCUGAUGCUCACAGCCAGUGAAGGACUCCAGCUGUUUGUGUGCAGAGUCUGCAAAGUACACAUCUACUCACAGAGUGUAAAUAUGCUCCUGUGUGUGUAUUGAUGUGUGUUUCUGUAUACACACAUGGCACCUAGAGAGUCAUUGCAAUGCAUACUGUGUGUAUGCAGAUACACAUAUCUAUACACAAGUGUCCUAAACGUAAGUACAACCCAUAUAUUUAUAUAUAUGUCCACACACACAAAUAUACAUCAUUUCUAUAUAUCAUAGAAGGAUGAAUUAUUAUAUGUAUAUUUUUUGCUAUAAAGUUUAUGUAUUAUUAUUUCUAGAACCCUGAUCUGUAAGUCAUUGUAUAAAUAAACCAGGUGUUUUUAAUAUAAUAUAGUGGCAUGAAAAGAUUGGA